GAUUAGUAAAUAUUAGUAUACAUUUUAAAAUAAGAUUAUGUUUUAAUAUUUUGGGUGGAUCUAUAGAUGAUGCGAACUUGAUUAUCCGCUGGUAAUAGGAGAGUAGAAAGAAGAGUGUUGCAGCUGAAGCAGAGUGUGAGUCUACUAUUCACUGUGCAUCAGAGAGAGAGAGAGAGAGAGAGAUGAUAAGUGUUGGGAAGAUGAAGCAAUAUGCGAACGUGCUGGAUAGGCCAAUUGGCAAAGGAAAGCAAGAGGUUAGUUUGAGUGCAUUUGCGUUCUUGUUUUCCGAGCUUGUUCAGUACAACCAGACACAAGUCGACAACAUAGCUGAAUUGGAACGACGGUUAGAGGAUGCUGGUAUUGCUGUGGGAGCCAGGGUUCUGGAACUUCUUUGCCACAGGGAGAAGGGUAACAGAAGAGAGACACGCCUGUUGGGUAUUUUAUCCUUCAUACACAGUACAGUUUGGAAGGUCUUGUUUGGAAAGGUGGCUGACUCUCUAGAAAAAGGCACUGAACAUGAAGAUGAGUACAUGAUCAGUGAGAAAGAACUUUUGGUCAACAGAUUUAUUUCUAUACCCAAAGAUAUGGGGGCCUUCAACUGUGGAGCUUUUGUUGCUGGAAUAGUGAAGGGAGUCUUGGAUAAUGCAGGUUUUCCAGCCGUUGUAACCGCGCACUUUGUACCUGUUGAUGGACAACAUCGACCUAGGACAACUAUUUUGAUUAAAUUUGCUGAAGAGGUAUUUCCUAAACUAUGUUCAGGAUAUAGUGUGCAUUGUUACUUGCCUUGAAGGAAUGGUUGUCUGAAUAGUACUUGAUCACGAGUAUGGAGGUGAUUGCCGCUGCUUUGUUGUAAUUGCAAACGUUAGCUUCUGGUCGUCUUGUAAGUCCUAGCUUGCACGAUCCUUUUCAAAUCGUGUGAUAGCUGCUAGUUGUAACCCUGCCAUGAUACUCUCACAACUUUGAAGUCUAAAAGAAGUUAAUGUUCUUGCUCGAAAGCCUCCUUUGUUGAUGAAAUCUAAGUACCAUUCUUGCUUUAAUGAAGGUACUACGAAGGGAGGCGACAUUAGGUUGACGCGAAGCUGUGAUUUCUCGAAUCAAUUCUCCGAACGCUGUGGUUGAAGAAAUUACCGGGCACACUCAAAUCUUUUGACACUUCAAAAACAUAUUUUUUCAUCUUAAGACGAAGUAAUUCAUAAGUUUUAGUUGUAUUACAGCAUAAUGUUCAGAUGAUUGUCGAUUGAUUAUCUAAUCUGUUAGUUCCUUGGGUUGUAUAUUCAGUCCUGCUUCUUCAAUGUAUUAAUAGAAAGUGAUAUUAUCUGUUUUUAAA